AUGCGCGGAUCUCCCCGACACGGGACAGCCCUCGGAUUUAUUUUACUUAACGCGCUUCUGUCGGCGACACAGGCUGCAGAAGAGGGGACCUUUACAGAUCACCUCCUGGUUCAGCUGCACGAAGGUGCCCAUAAUGAAGUGCACCAACUUGCAGCGCAACACGGGUUCCAGAGUGUCCGAAAGCUCCCCUUUGGAGAGGGGCUGUUUCAUUUCUAUCCCCAGGACAACUCCAAGAGGCGGAGCAAACGCAGCACUCGCCACAAACAGCGCCUCCAGAAAGACCACAGGGUGAAGGAUGUCUUUGAACAGCAGGGUUUUAGCCGUCAGAAGCGAGGCUACAGAGAUAUCAAUGACAUUGAAGUCAACAUGAGUGACCCCCUAUUCACCAAACAGUGGUAUUUGAUAAACACAGGCCAGGCUGAUGGAACCCCUGGGCUAGACCUAAAUGUGGCUGAGGCCUGGGAACUGGGCUACACGGGCAAAGGAGUUACUAUUGCAAUCAUGGAUGAUGGCAUUGACUAUCUCCAUCCAGAUUUGGCAUCAAAUUAUAACGCUGAUGCCAGCUAUGACUUUAGCAGCAAUGACCCGUUCCCUUUCCCGCGCUAUACGGAUGACUGGUUCAACAGUCAUGGAACGCGGUGUGCAGGAGAGGUGUCUGCUGCAGCCAACAACAACAUCUGUGGCGUGGGAGUCGCCUACAACUCAAAGGUGGCAGGUAUCAGGAUGCUGGACCAGCCCUUCAUGACCGACAUCAUUGAGGCAUCAUCCAUCAGUCAUAUGCCCCAGGUUAUUGACAUCUACAGUGCCAGCUGGGGACCCACUGACGAUGGCAAGACUGUGGAUGGACCCAGAGAGCUCACGCUGCAGGCCAUGGCUGAUGGAGUCAACAAAGGCCGGGGAGGGAAAGGCAGCAUCUAUGUGUGGGCAUCGGGUGAUGGUGGUAGCUAUGACGACUGUAACUGUGAUGGUUACGCCUCGAGCAUGUGGACCAUCUCCAUUAAUUCGGCCAUCAACGAUGGGCGCACUGCCCUGUAUGAUGAGAGCUGCUCCUCCACCCUGGCAUCAACCUUCAGCAAUGGACGCAAGAGGAACCCAGAGGCUGGUGUGGCCACCACAGACCUGUAUGGCAACUGCACCCUGCGGCACUCUGGGACAUCAGCAGCAGCUCCAGAGGCAGCUGGUGUAUUUGCACUAGCGCUCGAGGCUAACCCCAACCUGACAUGGAGGGACAUGCAGCACCUGUCGGUGUUGACCUCCAAGAGAAAUCAGCUCCAUGACGAGGUUCACCAGUGGCGGAGGAACGGUGUGGGCCUGGAGUUCAACCAUCUGUUUGGAUACGGUGUGCUGGAUGCUGGGGGCAUGGUGAAGAUGGCCAAGGACUGGAAGACCAUCCCCGAGCGCUUUCACUGUGUGGCCGGGUCCAUCCAGGAAACCCAUAAGAUCCAAUCUGGCAACAAGAUGGUGCUGGCCAUCACCACAGACGCCUGCCAGGGCAAGGACAACUUUGUCCGCUACCUGGAGCAUGUUCAGGCAGUGGUCACCGUCAAUGCCAGCCGCCGGGGCAACCUCAACAUCAACAUGACCUCGCCCAUGGGCACCAAAUCCAUCCUGCUGAGCCGAAGGCCUCGCGAUGAUGACGCCAAGGUGGGGUUCGACAAGUGGCCCUUCAUGACCACCCACACCUGGGGCGAGGACCCCCGCGGAACCUGGGUGCUGGAGGUGGGCUUCCAGGGUGAGGAGGCACAGCGCGGCGUCCUGAAGGAGUGGACCCUCAUGCUGCACGGGACACAAAGUGCACCUUACAUAGACCAGAUAGUGCGUGAUUACCAGUCCAAACUGGCCAUGUCCAAAAAGGAAGAGCUGGAGGAAGAGUUGGAUGAGGCGGUGGAGCGGAGUCUGAAGAGCUUGCUGAGUAAAAACAACUAA